GAGGGGUGUGUGUGUGUGUGUGUGUGGAGGGGGGGAAGAAGAAAGUUUUUUUUAUCGUCAUCGUCUUCGCUGAGUGUUCGCAAAGAGGAGUGAGGGAUCAUUAUGGCUCACUCGCCGGUGGCGGUGCAAGUCCCAGGAAUGCAGAAUCACAGAGCAGACCCCGAAGAACUCUUCACAAAACAAGAACGAAUUGGAAAGGGGUCGUUUGGUGAAGUCUUCAAAGGAAUCGAUAAUCGGUCGCAAAAUGUAGUUGCCAUCAAAAUCAUAGAUCUUGAAGAGGCUGAAGAUGAAAUAGAAGAUAUCCAGCAGGAAAUAACAGUGCUAAGCCAGUGCGAUAGUCCAUAUGUCACCAAAUAUUAUGGAUCAUAUUUAAAGGGCACAAAGUUAUGGAUUAUAAUGGAGUACUUAGGAGGAGGCUCUGCCUUAGAUCUACUACGAGCUGGUGCAUUUGAUGAAUUCCAGAUUGCCACCAUGCUGAAGGAAAUACUCAAAGGCUUGGACUACUUGCACUCCGAAAAAAAGAUUCACAGAGAUAUAAAAGCGGCCAACGUUUUGCUCUCUGAGCAAGGGGAGGUUAAACUGGCGGACUUUGGCGUAGCUGGUCAGUUAACGGACACACAGAUCAAGCGUGAUACUUUCGUAGGCACGCCAUUCUGGAUGGCCCCAGAGGUGAUUCAACAAUCCGCUUAUGAUUCAAAGGCUGACAUCUGGUCACUAGGAAUCACUGCCAUUGAACUGGCCAAGGGCGAACCACCCAAUUCAGAUAUGCAUCCAAUGAGGGUCCUGUUUCUUAUCCCCAAGAACAACCCACCAACACUUGCAGGAGAGUUCACUAAACCUUUCAAGGAAUUUAUAGAUUCGUGCCUGAACAAGGACCCUUCAUUUCGACCAACAGCCAAGGAGCUUCUGAAACACCGAUUCAUAACCAAAAAUUCCAAGAAGACUUCUUAUUUAACAGAACUAAUCGACAGGUACAAGAGGUGGAAGGCAGAAGGGCACAGCGAUGAUGACUCCAGUUCGGAUGAGGAUUCGGCAGACCAGGACAAGGAGAAUAAAGGCUCGAUGCCCAUUGAAUGGAACUUCACCACAGUGAGGAAAAAACCUGAUUCAAAGAAAAUGCAGAAUGGAACAGAUCAGGAUCUGAAGAAAUUAUCAGCUUGCUUAUCGACUAUAAUUACUCCUCUGUUUGCUGAGCUCAAAGAAAAGGAAAAAGAUAAUGUGGGAAAGACUGAAGCAAUAGAGGAACUUGAAAAAAGCAUUAAUCUUGUGGAAGCAAGCUGUCCUGGCAUCACAGAGAAAAUGAUAAAGAAACUAAUAGACAGGUUUCAAAGGUUUUCAGCUACUGAAGCAUCCUAAAAGAAUUGCCAACAUACUUGGUCUCUUUUGUUGGUACCAAUAGAACAAUAAUGUCAAAGCUCCUCGUAAUAUCAGGUGUUUUCCUGCUUUUCUGUUUCUGGACAUGCAUUUCAAAUCUCUUAAGAAGAAUUUUGCAGAAGACUAUUCUUACUCGAAACAUUUUUCAAAGGAUUUUGUCAAUAGAAGGAUUGUAAACACUUCUGUGUGCGUAUAUAUGAAUGAAUGAUACAGUCAGGAAAGAGAAUUGUGUUUGAAUGUUUAAUGCUAGCAAUCGAAUGAUCCUUAAAGAAAAAAAAUCUCCAUACAUUAUUUAAUAAGAAUCUCAAACACCAACACUCCAUUGGGUAACUGACCUAGCGAAGAGUUACUCAAAUGCUGCAUUUCCUUAGUCUCCAUUACACUCCAAUGGUACCAGAUCAGAGGCAGCUUAGCAUUUUGCUCCUAAGAAUUGCCAAAAUUAUAGGUAAAAAUAAAGGUGGGUUGGGAUGAUUUGAAUUUGAAGUGAAUGGAAUCCCAGAACACAAUGGAAAUGUAUCUUUGAAAAUUCUAUUAAAAAUAGAAGCCCCUUAAUAAUAAUAAUAAUAAUUCUUGCAUUUGAUUUAGUGCCCCAA